AUGGUGCGUUGCUACAUCGCACAAUGCUGUCGGGCACUCACUGCAUCCGAAGCCAAACGCGAAAUCAAGGCAGUGUGCUACUGGGUCGAGCGCUUCGUGAUGGUCCUUAUCGCCUUUCAAGUAUAUGCACUUUUCAUUGACGCCUGGUCGAGUGCGGCUUCGAAGCCCAUUUUGUUCCUGUUUAAAUGCGGCCUUGCGUCAUCAUCCGUUGGCCUUUGUUUCGCCCUACGCGCUUGUUCGACGUGCUCUCUCGUGCCUUUCCUUGCGCCGUCGGACACUGUCCUGUGUCAGCCGUCAGCUGCAAAGCAUACCGAACAAGAUGUCGACGACGAGUUUGCAAAAGAUGACAGCUCGGAUGGUCCCUCGACGGCCGAUGGCGGAGAUGACAGCGACCUGUCAGAUGAUUCAUCGGAUGACGACUUGCAUGACUUGAACUUGGACAACAAGGAGCCAGACGAGCCUCUUUGCGAAGCGAACACAUCGAUGGGGAUGCCCAACGAUAAGGAGCUGCCACCCCGAUGCCCAAUCGCUUUGAUUGACGGCAAUGUCCACUUGCGCAUGCUUCGGUCUCCACUUAAGAAGCAACGGCUUGCAUGCAUCAACGAAGAGUUCCGUGCAGACAAGCCGAAGUGGCUGGCAUACCUGGGCAAACUGGUGGCGAACGAGCUCCUUCCACGUGUGCCGGUGGGAGUAAAGGCCCACUCCUGGGACAAUGCUGUAGAGGCGCUGAAGCAGCUGCACGAGUGGAUGCAGAGUGACGACGCCGAGCAUCUCCGACAGGCAGGGGCGCAGGGCCUCAGAGGGAACGGGUGGGGGGAUGGGGUGGAUACGCACCCGGCCAACUGCAAAACCAAGUCGCAGCAUAUAUCGCAGGACAUCUACCGGCUGCAGACUGACGACUUCGACGAGCCAGAGGUCUUCUACGAUGAUGGAAGGGGCGGUACGGUUCGCGAGAUUGUGUUCAUCGACCCCAUCUACGCAGAACGCCGUCCUCGCAUCUGCGUGUCCAUUGAUGGAAUCCAGGCGAUGCACAACACGAUUUCCUGCCUCACCCGCAAGGUCGACAAUCUUGUCGCGACAUUGGCGAAGUGCCGAUCAGCGUAUUACAAAGAGCUGACCACUCUCAAGGAGCAGCUCUACCAACAGGCCUUGGCGAGAAAAGACGGGCGCAAGCACUCGAUCGAUGCCACUGUUCUCUUUGAUCCGUCGGCGUUUCAAAGCCAGACAUCUCAGGAAGUGGAGAUGGAGGUCAAGCGACGAACGGAAAAGCUCACAAAGAGGCAGACAGAGGUGGAGGUUGAGAACCUGAGGCUGAAGAAGCGCAUUGCAAUCCUGACGAUCGAAGUGACGCAGCUCGAGAUCCUUGGACGCAUGUUCGGGAAUGCGUGUGGCGCAAGGAGCAGGAGUACGUUUGACCCGGAAAUAGUGGAUAACCACCAGAUCGCCAUGGGAAAGCCGCGCUCACAAGCUCCCAAGAGCCCGAGCAAAGUGAAGCCGAAGACCGGCAAGGCUCCUUCCGCAAAAUCUGGUGCGAAAGCAUCGAAGAAGACGAAUGCAGAGGUGCCAGGAGGUGACAGCAGUUUGGUCCCGUUCGGUGCAAACUUUGUCCGGCAGGAUCUUCGAAGGAGAGCAGGGAGCAAAUGCACGCAGACCCGGGCCCGGAACAAGAUGUACGGCAAAGAUGGCAGGAUGAAAUCCAAGUAUGCCCGUGUGCCGGAGCCGCCCUCAACGAUCCCAGUGACACGCCGGCAGGAGAAGGCGCUGCGCUUCCAGCACUAUCAAAACGCAGCAUUUCAGCGGACGUCUUUAUUGAAGAAGUGCUCCUCCAAGAGGGAGCCGAGGAGCUUCUCCUCAGCCAUGACGCAAGAUCUGCUGGCAUCGAUCCAGGAGGAAGCCGUGGAGGAGGUUGCAGAUGAGCGUCCGCCUGAUGCAGCGGGCGAAGAUAUCUCCGCUAAGCAUCAAGAAUGGCUGCCUUCUAAAGAACGUGCAGCUGGGACUUACUCUGCAUCGGACCUCACUACACUGCUCCAAGAGGUCUUCGGUCACGAGGCUUUCCGUCAGGGACAGCGAGAGGCGAUCUUAUCUGUCCUGGCCAAUCAUCGGACACUGCUGCUUUUGGCAACUGGCUGUGGAAAGUCCCUCUGCUACCAACUGCCAGCGUACUUGCUGCGGGAGGAGGGUUUCACACUUGUGGUCUCCCCGCUGGUCUCCCUUAUGUCCGACCAACUCGCACGCCUCCCGGGCUGCUUGCGAGGUGCCAUCUGCAGUGGCCAACAGUCCCGUGACUCGGCGCGUGAAGUCAUGCGCGCCGUGCGGGCGCGACUGGUUGACGUCCUCUUCGUGUCACCGGAGAGGCUGGCGACGUGGUCUUUCGAUGGCUGUGGCUUACCUCCAAUUGCUCUCGCUUGCAUCGACGAGGCCCACUGUGUCUCUGAAUGGUCACACAAUUUUCGUCCAGAUUACUUCCGCCUACACGAGUACCUCGUCCAAUCCCUUGGUGCACGACGCAUCCUCGCCCUCACGGCCACCGCCACCAGGCCCACUGUAAAAUCCGUGUGUGACAUACUGCAGCUGGACACUGUGGUUCGCAGCGACAAUACAUUCACAGUGGACGAGCUCAUGCGAGAGAGCAAUCAGCCGACAGUCCAGCGCGGGAACCUCAUCAUGGACGCGCGCAGCGUCCCAGAUGCCGACAGCCAAGUUCGCGAGCUGGUGCAGGUCCUGCGUCAUGAUGUCAACCCUGCUGAGUCAGUGAUCAUCUACGUUUGGAGGCGAGAUACAGCUGACCAGCUUGCCAAACAACUACGGCCCUAUGUCAAGGGUGGUGUAUGUGCGUACCAUGGCAGCAUGCUCGCGGAGGUGCGCAGCACGGUGCAGGAGAACUUUAUGUCGGGCAAGGUCAAAGUGGUGGUCGCAACUGUGGCGUUCGGAAUGGGACUGGACAAGCCGGACAUUCGCCUUGUGGUACAUUUCGGGCUACCGAAAAGCAUUGAGAACUACAUCCAGGAGACCGGACGUUGCUCUCGAGACGGAGGGCGAGGAAAGUGUGUUGCCCUGGUCAACCGCAAGGACUACCAAGCCAUGCGGUGGCUAGAAAGCGGUGGUAGAGGUGGCGGCACACAGGCCAGUGUCGUGCGACGCCUGUUGGUGGCCUUGCUGGGUGACUCGACCACCUACAAACGCCAUCUCCUCAGCGAAGAUGCCUUGGCUGCCUUGGGCAAGAGCGAGGAGACGCUGGAGACACACUCAUCUCAGAGCGAAUGGCAGCCGUACAGCUUGGGCUUGCAUGAGACAGAGGCCGCGAAGGAAAUGAAUUGCUCCACGACCGAGCUUCACUCGGUCUUGGCUCACCUUUGCAGGUACGGCAGUAGCCAUCUGACGCUGAUGUCGAGCUUCCCAACCAAGUUGAAGCUUCGGUUCUUUCGCACAGAUCCUGCAGAACUUGUGGAGGUGGACCCGCUGCUACGCAAAGUGCUUCCUCUGGCGAAGAAGACGGGGCCAGUUUACACCGUUGAGACGGUGAAAGCUGUGGCCACCUUGGGCGGGACUGCUGCGCAGCUCUCGACUAGCCUCUGGCAGGCUGGUGGAGACGAGUUUUCCGUGGAGAAAGCAGACUACGGAUACAUGCUGACGGUCCGGAAGCCGGUAACAGAAGCUCAGAUUGACGAUUGGGCAGAGCAGAUCAGUCAAAUCAAUGUGCGGGCCAGAGAGUCUGCGAUCGAGAAGCUGGACGCCUCCUACAUCGCAUUGACGAGAGCGGCAGAGGCAUCUGAUAGGCAGAAGGUAGCUGAUCCUGAUGCAGAGCUGCCUGCGGCCCACACAACGUUGCACACCUUGAUCGAUGCCUACUUUGCAGCUUUGGAGGAUCCGACCCUGGUGAUGGCGGGGAGCGUUGAGGAACGUCGACGUCUUCUGACAUAUGCCCUCGGUGCAGACUUCAGAACUUCAGUCGCAACUCCCUUGCAAGCUCGCCCUGUCCUACAUCGCCAGGACUCGGGCCAACCCCAGAAGAGAGAGGCGCCUGAGGCUCAACGCCUCCAAGGCAUCACCGUUACUGUGGCAGUAUUUCGGCUUCUUGGUGAUCCAGCUUGGCCAAGCUUGCCCUGCGAAGAGCUGGAUGCCAUAGUGCACGCAGUUGCCCAAUUCUUGGCUGGUGUGAGUUCGGUGGUGAUGCCAGCUGCCAAGUGGCGCGAUCAUCGCAUGUGGGGCCACCUGCGCGGAAGCGGAGACUUUGACCGGCUGGAAGAGCUUGUGCGCGAGGGCGUGCUCAAGAACCAGAUGAAUACCCGCGUUCAGAAGAUGGAUGUUCGUGACAUGCUCUACGACAUCUUGGACCGUGUGAAGGUUGACACCUUGGUUCGCACAUUGCGCAGCAUGAUCGAAGACGUACAUCAGGAGCUGUUCUUCGUGACCCUAGAGGAGGUCCUCUCAGAUUACAGGGGGCUGAAGGUUGGCGACAUGCUGAAGCAGUCGGCCGACGAUGCGGAGAAGAUCAGCCGCCUGGGGGGCGAGCUCCUCAAGGUCAAGCAAGAGAUGGCGCAGCACAUCCGGGAUGAGAAGCAAGCUCAGGAGUGCCUGCAGCAACUGACAGCUCAAAUUGGACCCGAGCUGCCUGGCUUGUUCCAUACUCCCCUUUAUCCGAUAGCUGUCAUAAACGGGAUGCUGCAGCAGCUGCUCCUGCCGGCACUGCUGCUGACCUCCAGCCAUGCAGACACCUCUGCAACAGUUCUCGAGGUACCCCUCGGUGCGGACAGACUUUCCGGGAUGGGCCUCGGCCCCCAGCUGACGGCCACGCGUCAUGCGCAUGCUACAGGUGUCGCAUCAGUGGAGCUCACAGGCACCCAAGAGGGCUUUAGCAGAGGCCUUGGCUUGCAGAUGCGAGCUGUGGAGUCUCCGCUAGGCCUCGGGCCGCAGCUGGACGCAAGGAUUACACCAGGACGGCCCAUCCCAUCUCUGCGUGGGCAGGCGCAGGAGCUAACAACUCUGCCUUGGGAUCUCCUGCUUCGGGCGGUGAUUUGCCUCCUUGGCUUGGCCAUGGUCUACCUCGCUGUAGCCCAUCGUGAGGCAGAGCAAGGUCGGCUCUCCGGAAUCAAGAGCUUCUUCGGGGCCUUGGCCAAGAACCGUUCACGGCAGGAGUCGGAGUCUUUCAACAAGGACUUGGAGCAGUCGCUGGAGGAGUCACAGGUUGAAGCAGCAGACUGGCGAGAAAAGGCAGAACAGCUGAUCAAGGAGCCGGCAUUUCUUCGGGAGAAGAUGGCCAAGAUGAGGGAAGAGCAGCAACAGGAGAUGGAAGCAAUGAGAACAAAGCUCAAGGAGGCGCAGAAAGCAGCGGAGAAAAGCAAAACGACAGAGGAAGUCGACUUGGCGACCUCCCUGUCCAUGUCGGGGAGGCAAGGAUCCAAGCAAUUUGCCGACAUGGCUGACAUGGUGGCCUCCACCCAGUCGGGAUUCAACAUCCAGGAGCAGUUCACCAUAGCGCUGAGCCUUCUGAAAGGAUGUCCAAGCUCACAGGUUACAAAAACAGCAGACAUCAUGAAGGCUCUGGUCGAGGACACACGGCCCAAUCUGAUGAAGGAGCUCUUGGCUUCAGACCAUGGCUCCCUUGGCCCUCCGAAAGUCCGGCUUGGCGCCGCGCAGAAGCUGCUGUCGGGACUUCCGCAGGAAGACCAGGCUAUGAUCGCUGAUCUGUUGCCGCCAAAGGUCGUGAAGGAGAUCACUGUGAAGGUGCUCGAGGAUGCUGCAUCCGACGAUGCAGCGGACAUGAAGGGCCAUGCGGGUGGGUAUUUUGACCCGAACAUUGACAUCGGCAAGAGAUGCAAGAAGUUCCUGAUGACGAGGCUUAUCAAGAAACUGAACUCUCAGGAGGUCAAGGUGCUCUUUGACGAGCUGGGUCAGCGGACCAAAAAGGCAAUCCUGAUUGACAUCUUCGAUUACCAAGACCCGAAAGAUCUGGAACUCUGUGCCGAGAUGAUCUUCGUGGACAGCAAGGGAAAAGGGCAUUCUCAGGCCGUUUCUCUCGGCCUUCGCAUCGAUCCUGCCUCGCCCGCAGACGGCAUGGCGGUGCCCCUGGCGCCCUCCGAGCCGCUGCCAGGAGAGGGGAGGGGCGAGGAGGGUCCAUCCGCUCCUUCGGCCCUGCCCGAGCUGCUCAGGCAGCAGCACGAGGAGGUCAUUCGCCGACUGGACUUCCAAGAUGAAGUGCUGAGAGGCUUGACUCUGAACAGGAGGACCAGCAUGGGCAGCAAGAUGAGCCGACCCAAGACGGAGGGAGACGAAUCUCAAUCCGUUCCAGUGGGUCCAGUGAAGCCAAGUCAGACCGAUAUCUCGCCAGCGAGAAAUGGCUUCACUGGAGAGAAGGUGCGCCCUGCCGGUGGACGAGGGCAAAUGCGACGAACGUUCUCAAUUGCAGGCAGCCCGAAAAACGCAAAAAAGGGAUUCGAGCCGAGGUACGGCUGCCACAGCUGCAUCUGGCACAUGGUGCAUCAUCCAGUCUUCGAGUCGUUUUUUGCUUUCGUGGUGGUGACAAACGCCGUUUUCAUAGGAUUCGAUGUGCAACGCAGUGUGGAUCAUGGUGAUCCACGCCCGACGGAGUUCCGUGUCAUUCAGUACUUCUAUGCGGCGAUAUUCACAGUUGAGCUGCUGCUGCGCUUGGCGGCAGACGGCUUGCACUUCUUCUGCUCUGACGAUUGGGCCUGGAGCUGGCUUGAUCUCUUUAUUGUUUUGAGCUCUCUCUGGGAAGUUGUUGUGGACAUCACAGGAAGUUCUGACCUUGAUGCCAUUGCCGGCGUCAGCGGCUUGAAGUCAUUCCGCAUAGUACGGCUCAGCCGCAUCUUGAGAACCGCACAGUUUGUCAGCAUCUUCCGCUUCGUCAUAGCGCUUCGGAUGCUGGUCACAUCGAUCCUCCACACUCUGAAAGCACUGGUCUGGGCCAUGACGCUCCUGGUGUUGAUCGUCUACGUCUUUGCGGUGUUGUUUACGCAAGCGGUCAGCGACUACAGAGCUGAUAGCAACACUGCUUUGCUCCACCAAGAUGCUGCCCAGCGGUAUUUUGGUUCGCUGGUCGACAGCAUGCUGACUCUUUUCAUGAGCUUGGCUGGUGGUGUCAGCUGGGAGCAAGCUCUGGAUCCGCUCAGGGAGAUAUCAGCCAUCUGGGUUAUUUGCUACGUUGGAUAUAUAGCUUUCACGUAUUUUGCCGUUCUAAACGUGGUGACAGCGGUGUUCUGCCAGUCAGCCAUUGAAUCUGCACAGAACGACCAAGUGACGCUUAUGCAGAACAUGCUGAUGGACAAAGAGAAGCACGUUCGGAAAAUACAAGAGCUUUUCGGACGGCUGGGUGCUACCGAUGAUGGACACAUCACUUUGCAGAUGUUCGAAGAGAACAUCACCUCUGAGUCUGUAACCACAUAUUUUGAAGCACUCGGUCUAGAUGUGUGGGAUGCCUGGGCUUUCUUCAAGCUUCUGGACUCGGACGGAGGCGGAUCAGUAGAUGUGGAGGAAUUUUUCAUGGGUUGCCUUCGCUUCCGUGGGCAAGCGAAGGCUAUGGAUGUCGGCCAACUUAUACAGGAUCAGAGCUGGAUGAUCAAGAACCAAGGCAAGUUCCAGUCUUUCAUGGAGGCUGAGAUGAGCGGCCUCAAGCAUAACCUCGCGAGCCUCAUGCAUCUGUGUUCUCGCCCAGAGCCCAGCGUCAAGGCUUUCGUGAAGGGUCUUUGUGACGAGGCUAAUGAGCUCUUCCUGCUACAGACGGCCCAUCGCAUUGGCCAGGCUCAGGCUUUGGCUCUCGUGGCGCCCGAAAAGGUUCAAAAGGAGGCGAGCGCGCCCACGCACUGUUGGGCAUCACUCAUCAGUUCUGUGAUGAUCUGCAGAUUUGCAGGAAACGGGUCACAUGAUUGUGAAGUAUUUGAAGGGGGAUCGAGCUGCGGGCUAGUUGUUGCAUACGUUUGA